AUGGACCCAGCAACAGGGCCUUCCUUGGGGCUCUACGACUAUGAUCUGCUGGUUAUUGGAGGGGGGUCAGGAGGCCUCGCUGUGGCAAAGGAAGCAGCAGGGCGAAGGAAAAAGGUGCUUAUCCUUGACCUGGUGGCUCCCACUCCGAGAGGCACCAAGAGGGAACUGGGAGGCUCCAGUUUUAAUAAGGACAACAUCAGGAAAUUUCUACAACAGGCAACACUGCUAGGAAAAGCUGUUAAAGAUUCUCAGAAAUACGGCUGGAGGUUCAGACAAGAGGUGUCACAUGGCUGGAGUGAGCUGGUGCAGGCUGUGCAGGAGCAGCAGAAGUCUGCCAGUUUAGAGCUGAGCAGGGAGCUGAGGAGCUGCUCAGUCGUCCACCUCAGUGCUCGAGGGGAGAUAGUGGCGCCUCAUACAGUUGAGGUGACAGAGAUGAACGGGAGGAAAAGGCGCCUGACAGCAGAGACGUUGGUCGUCGCUACAGGAGACAGACCUCAGUAUCUGGACGUACCUGGAGGCACAGAGCACUGCCUGACCAGUGAGGAUCUCUUCUCCCUGCCUCACCCCCCAGCUCGAACUCUGGUGGUCUGCGGGGAUGCUGAGGGGUUGGAGUGCGCCGGCUUCCUGUUUGGUCUGGGACUGCAGGUCACCGUCAUGCUGCAACCUGAACUGCUGCUGGGGUUGGAUCAGAAAAUGGCCGAGAAGAUAGAAAACUACAUGAGUGUUGAAGGAGUGGACUUUCUUCAUCACUGCUCACUCAGUAAGGUGCUGCUGGCUGUCGGGAGGAAGGCCUGCACCGCUGACAUCGGCCUGGAGUGUGUUGGAGUGCAGUGCAGCCAGGAUACUGGCAGGAUUCUGGUGAACGAGAGGGACCAGACUAGCGUAGAUCAUAUUUACGCCAUUGGAUCAGUGCAGCAUGGGCGCCCAUCUACCACAGGCCUCUCGCUGCAUGCUGGGACGCUCCUGGCCCGUCGACUCUAUGGAGGAGACAGCAUCUUGUGUGAUUACACCGUUGUUCCCACGGUUGUGCUCACUCCACUGGAAUAUGCUGCCUGUGGUCUGUCUGAGGAGAAGGCCAGUCUGACAUUUGGAGAGGACAACAUUGAGGUUUAUCACAGCUACUACUGGCCUCAUGAGUGGACUCUCCCUGCCAGGAAUAAAAACUCCUGCUAUGUUAAAGUCAUCUGCCACGUCCCCGAUCAGGAGCGUGUCGUCGGUCUCCACAUCAUGGGCCCCAAUGCUGGAGAUAUCCUGCAAGGCUUUGUUACAGCGAUGAGAUGUGGUCUCACCAAACAGCAGCUAGAUGCCACCGUUGGCGUCCACCCUGGAGCAGCCCAGGUGCUCACCUCGUUGACCCAAACCCAGCGUAUGUCGGAAGCCUUGAUGCUGAGGGGAAACUGCUGAGGUUAGCUCCCUGCUGUCAGUCACAGCUGCCGAUAGCGACAGUGCAGGACAGCGGGGAAGGGCCUGUGAUCUUCUGAGCCGUGAUGGCAGCACGACGGCCAACCGACCGUCCAGUGACGUCUUUACCUGAAGCCUGAAGGACAGGCGGGCGAAGGCUGAUGAUCUGCUGCUGACACACUUCAUUAUUUGUGCGUGUUGCUGCUUUUUAGGAUUGUUUGCAUCUUUUAUGAACUAUUUGCUUUGAGCGUAACUUUGAAAUAUACAGUCCUAUUGAUGCGUUUUUAUGGCUCUCAACUUUAGGGAAGAUAAGAUGCUCCCUACGGUUCUGCCUUUGAAAGCCUCUGUAAGCUUGAAUAUAGCAGAGUUUUUAAAGGCUGCAGGAGAGUGAUAAGACUCUGGGAUUUGAUGCAUUUACAUGGAGUAAAAGCUUGGGCUUAUA